CCACACCACCCCGUUCACCCCGCUCCCUCUCUCCCGCAUCGCAUCGACGCUCGCCGACGCCAUCCUUUCCCCCCGCCUCCACGGCUCGAACAAUCGAAUCCGAUCCCGGCCGACCGCGGCUCUAUACAUCGCGCCGGCCGCCCGGCCCGCUGAUGGAGGAGGCGGAGGCCGGGGACGACGGGAGGCCCGCGACGGCUUCGGCGGCGGCGAUGGAGGCCAAGGGGAAGGCCAAGAGGGACGGGGUCGUCAAGGAGGUGAUACGGCUCGAGCGCGAGUCCGUCAUCCCCAUCCUCAAGCCCAAGCUCGUCAUGAAGCUCGCCUACCUCAUCGAGCGCGACAAUGACCGUGCCGAGUUCAUGAAGCUAUGCAAGAGGGUGGAGUACACAAUCCGUGCUUGGUAUCUUCUCCAAUUUGAUGAUCUAAUGCAAUUGUACGCAUUAUUUGAUCCUGUUAAUGGUGAGAAGAGUUUGGAGCAGCAGGGCAUGACAUCCAAUGAGCUUGAUACUCUAGAACUCAAUUUCUUAACCUACAUUUUUCAGAUAAUGGAAAAGAGCAACUUCAAGUUGCUAUCCGACGAAGAGUAUGAGGUAGCCCAGUCUGGCCAGUAUCUUCUGAACCUCCCCAUAAAAGUUGAUGAAUCAAGGGUAGACAGCAAGCUUUUGACAAGGUACUUUAAGGACCACCCACAUGAUAAUCUACCAGCAUUCGCUGAUAAGUAUAUCGUCUUCCGUCGGGGUAUUGGAAUUGAUCGGACAACUGACUACUUCUUCAUGGAGAAACUGGAUGUCAUCAUAUCUCGAGCAUGGAGGUCAUUGCUCAGGGUAACAAGGAUUGAUAGAUUAUUCUCGAAGAGACAAGUACCGUCAAAUAAAGACAAAAAGAAGAGUGAUGAAAUUAAUGAAGAUGCAGAAGAACCAGAUCUCUAUGUUGAGCGUGUUCGUCUAGAGAAAAUGGAGCUAAGCAUAAAGAAUCUGUUAAGAAAAAUGACCAUUCAAGAGCCUGCAUUUGAAAGGAUGAUCGUGGUGUAUAGGAAGGCUAGCACAGAAAGUAAACCAGAUCGUGGGAUAUAUGUAAAGCACUUCAAGCACAUUCCAAUGGCCGAUAUGGAGCUAGUCCUGCCAGAGAAGAAAAACCCUAGUUUAACACCAAUGGACUGGGUUACAUUUCUAAUAUCUGCCGUGAUUGGAUUGGUCACUCUAAUAAGUUCUCUUGAAAUGCCAAAGGCUGACAUAUGGUUUGUUACAGCUAUCUUAUCUGGUCUGAUUGGAUACUGUGCAAAGAUCUACUUCACAUUCCAAGCAAAUAUGGUCACAUACCAAAAUUUGAUUACAAAGUCAAUGUAUGAUAAGCAACUUGAUAGUGGGAAAGGAACACUUCUUCACUUGUGUGAUGAUGUGAUCCAGCAAGAAGUUAAGGAGGUUAUCGUUUCUUACUAUAUUUUGAUGGAGCAAGGAAAGGCCACUAUACAGGAUCUUGAUUUACGUUGCGAACAGCUCAUCAAGGAAGAGUUUGGCGUGGAGUGCAACUUUGAUGUUGUGGAUGCUGUAAAGAAGCUAGAAAAGCUGGGUAUUGUUUCUCGGGACUCAAUUGGGAGGAUCCUAUGUGUUCCAUUGAAGCGGGCAAAUGAGAUCAUAGGGACAACUACUGAAGAAAUGGUGAUCCGAGCCCAGCAAGCCCCGGCUGCUUCAUAAGUUCCACAACAUGUCAGUGAUAAUUCAUUCACUGUCGCAAGAUUUCACGCUGCAAAGCCCAUCGUGUCUGUCCAAUCUCCUGUGCAGUUUUCCUGGUGUAUCAUAUCAUUUGUUCAUACAGGCUGCCUUAUUCUUCCAUUUGUUCAUUUUUUUGUAAAUAAGAAUGAUAUCAUGAUUUUUACAGCAUAUGAGAAGUGGAAAAAGUGAACUGUACAGCACUGAAUUAACAUGGACAAGACUAUAGUUUAUGCAA